GUCUUUUUUGGAUGAGAAGCGCGAGACUGUAGACUGAUUACGACAUUGAAGUAACUUUAACUCAUGGCUUAAAAUCUGAACGCUAGAGUCAGCGAAAGGGAUAUCCAGGAGGGAACCAUGCAUGCUAAACCUGGAGUUAUUUGGGAUACUUUAGAAUUCUCCUCUAGGAUUUGGCUUCUUCUCAGCUUUGAAACGGUGGUGUUUGUAUGCGGUCAAAACGGCGAUGGGUGUGGACACACAGUCUUUAGCCCUACCAGUGGCACACUGGCCUCGCGGAACUUCCCAGGAACCUACCCCAACCACACCCAGUGUGAAUGGACUCUAAGGGUACCAAAGGGCCAGACUCUGCUCUUGACCUUUGGGGACUUCGACUUGGAGUGGAGCCAAGACUGCACAGCUGGCUCUCUUACCUUCACAGACAGCAAUGGAUCCACCAGAGUAGGUCCUUUGUGUGGGCAGUUAGCUGCAAAGAACAAGAAUGUGUCUGUUAGUACUAAUGAAGUUACUGUGCGUUUUGUCUCCGGCACCCACCGUUCUGGGCGGGGCUUUGUGAUGUCCUAUUCAACCAAUCAGCACUCAGAGCUCAUUUCAUGCCUGUAUCGAGGAACACAUUUCUCCUCUCAGCAGAUCAGUGCGUUCUGUCCUGCUGGCUGCAAAGGUGUUGCAGGAGAAAUCUGGGGCUGGCAUGGACAAGGAUACCGUGAUACGUCUGUAUUGUGCAAAGCUGCAAUCCAUGCUGGGAUUAUUUCAGACAGUCUGGGUGGCAUGAUCACCGUGUCCCUGCAAAGGGGCAUUACUCUAUAUGAGUCAAACUUUGCUAAUGGAAUACUGUCGAAAACUGGUUCCUUAUCAGAUAAACGGCUUGUCUUCCACAGAGAGUGUGAUAGUGAGCUAAGAGUGGUGGCCUAUAACACUUCUUCAGUGUGGGAUGAGGUGAACAGAUUCGGUCAGCAGGUCUCGUGGUCUCCAAGAUAUGGAAACUCUCACUGGGCUGCCAGCUCUGAAGAUCAGCACCCAUGGCUGGAGCUUGAGCUGUGGAACAGGAGUACUGUCACAGGCAUCAUAACAAAGGGUACACCAAACUACUACAUUGAAUCUUACACCCUCAUGUUCAGCAAAGACCGCAAAAACUGGAAAGUUUUCAAAGCUCCAUCUAGCAAAGAAAGAAAGGUUUUUGAGGCCUAUGAUGAUGGUCAUUGGACAGUGCUCAACAGUUUGAUUCUUCCAGUAGUAGCACGCUACCUUCUUCUCAAACCCCAGCAGUGGCAUAUCAGAGCCUCUGCACAAGUACAAGUGCUGGGUUGCCCUUCUGCCCCUUUCAGACCCCGUUCUCGUGGAGAUGGAUUCAGCUCUGGCAAGACAGCUGUCACAGAAAUAGUACCUUUAGACACACUGCCUACUAAAGAUCCUGUGAUCACAAGAAACUUAGGCCCAAGCCAGGCAGUGAUAUUAGUGGCAGGCAUGGUUUUGGGUGCCGCUCUGUGUGUGGGUUGCCUUUUGGCUGGACUCAUUUGGUGGAGAAGAAAAAGAAGUCCAGAAAUAAAGAAAUGUUGCGUUGACCAAGGCAGUCAUGGUCUCCAUGGGAAGAAGCUUCCGUGCACAAACCUUGAGCUUAUAUCAUACCCUCUGGUUAGGAACAUCCAUGACGCUCUCCCCAACCCUCCUCACAAUGACUAUGCUGAGCCUGAUGUAGUAGCAGGUGGGCAGAUGGUGGGUCUCACAUUCAGACCUCUGAUGGAGGAGGGCUACACCUUCCCCUUUGCUCUCAACCACUAUGACACCCCUGGACAACAACUUCCUGAAUACACAGAUCCGCUGCCCCCUGAACCAGAAUAUGCUACUCCCUUUGGUGAAAUAAACUCUCUCAUAUCACAAUCAAAGGACAGCCGAAAGAACAUCAAUCUACUUAUAUGUCAAUCCACACAGGGUAAAAGAGCAGUGUUGGGACAACUGUAUGACUGCCCUGCCCACAGAAUGAUCUCUAACGGGUAUUGUACUCCAGUCUCAGAUGGUACUAGCCAUAAGGCUAGUGUGAUCUACGCUGAGCCCCAGACAGUGGAACCACUAAUGCAUACCAACCAUGAGGCACUUUGAGCCACUGUAGCAUCUACUGAAGACACUUGUGCCAAGCCUUUGUUUGGCUGCUUCAAAGAACAUUUCUGCCAUUCUAAAGACAACAAACAGAACACGAAUGGGCAAAUCAUAUUAAUAAGAAUAAUAUGCAGGGUUCCCAACAGGGAAUUUUCAAAUUGUGUUUGCCCGGCCACGAAACGUAUGGAAAAUUAGUCCUAACAACUAAUGGAAAAGUAAUCUCUAUAGUGUAUAUUGAUUUUUCUUGUCAUGCCUGGCUCUAAAAUAUUUCAACGACUUGAAAUUGCUCUCUGUGAGUGCAAUAUCUAUAAAAUUAUUAAAAAAUACAUAUCCAGUAACCUCAAAUGACUGGAAAGGUCAUGGAAAUUCAUUGGUCAAAAGAUGCAGGAAACCUGAAUGCUUUUAGCACUGUACACUUUAACUGCAGCCAAACAUGAAAGUAUGGAGAAUUGUAUUAAUACAUUUAACAAUUAAUACAUAAUGUAGCAUACCAAACUGUUGUUGCUACACAUACUUUAGAUUUGAGUAUAAGGAAUUUUACUGUGGCCAUUAAUGGAUUAUUAUUAUUUGGGAGAAACUAUUUAUAUUGAAAGUUGUUCAGUUGACCACUGAACCUGUGCAUUUUUAUUUAAUGUAAAUGUUUGUGUGUUUUAUAACUGUAACUAAUCAUAUUAUACUCCAUGAGGAUUUGAGGUCUGAUCAUGAGGUCUGAGUUGAAACCACUUUAGUAUUCAGAAAUAUUUUUACAUUUUUCAUGCUUAUUAAAAAAAAACUUGAAAAAGAAUUGUUUCAUAGCCAAUUUUAAAAGGUUGAUUUAAUCCAGUCACCCUGCUGUUAUUUAUAUAAAAAAACAAUUUAAAGGUGCACUUAGUAAUUCCUAUUAAUUGUUUGUUUACUGACACCUGUUUUUGGUUACCAAUGUCAUUGUAGAAAUACUCUUUUUGCAGGCAUUUUUGUCACCUAUAAUUAAAUUAUUUCACAACCAAAAGUGUCCGAUAAUAGCAGGUAAGAUAAAGUGUGAAGUAUUCAUGUGAUCAUAUGAUAGUAAGUCGUCAUUUGUUAUCAACAUUGCAACCACAGAGUUGAUCACCCUUAUGUAGAAUAAAAAAGCAUUUUAUAGGGCACUGAUAUGAGUCUUGAUCUAAUGUGUACAUCAUUUUAAACAUUUUAUACUAUAUACUGUAAAUAUAUAUAGU